UCUCAUGCGCGCGAUCGGUUCUCGAGUUAUUCCGCACUCACGCGGGUGAACGUAUAUACUAUAUAUUUCUAUUUACACGUGCGUGAGGAGUCGUUGUCGUCCGCUCCGAUUUUUCGCGAAAACCUUAUCUAAGGUGUUUCUCGAUCGUCAGACAGCCAUUUAACACUAAUCUGAAUAGAACCAUAUACCAUGUUGGAACCCAACGUGUACAAUAUUGUGUUGAUCCCGUUGGCGAUUUUGAUAUCGUACGCGAUAUGGUUGAGACUCCGGAAGCCACUGGAAUACCGGCGAAUUUCAUCGCACGUGCCGUCGGUCACGAAAAGCCUUUGGAGCGAAUUGCUGUUUUCGUGCACCAUAGCAAUGAAGCACCCUAGAGACUUAUUGCCAUUCUUCAUGGAAAUAUUUCAAAACAACGGUCCAGUUGUUCAUGUCAAUAUUACUGGACGGUCAUAUGUAUUGUUAAAUGAUCCAGAUGACAUAAAAAUCCUGUUAUCCAGUACACAGUACAUAAACAAAGGCCCCGAGUAUGAGAUGUUGAAACCGUGGCUGAACGACGGCCUUUUAUUGAGCUCAGGUUUGAAAUGGCAAAACCGUCGGAAGCUAUUAACCAACACUUUUCACUUUAAGACAUUAGACAUGUACAAUCCUGCCGUCAAUAAGCAUGCAAAGGUAUUUACAAAAAAGCUCUUGGAAGCGUGUGCAGUCGAUAAAGAAAUCUCCAUCAUGGAAUACGUGACGCUAUGUUCUUUAGACAUCAUUUGUGAAACAAUCAUGGGCACUGAAAUGAAUGCCCAAAAAGGAAAAUCAGUUCAAUACGUUCAUUCCAUUAAAAGUGCUUGCAGAUCAGUGAUUGAUCGAGUUUUCAAAUUUUGGCUUUGGAAUGAUCUGAUCUAUAGAAUAAGCGAAAGUGGUCGAUCGUUUUUUAAAUCAAUUAGAGUGUUACACGAUUUUACCGAUAAUGUCAUCAAACGUAAACAAUCAUUGUUAAAAAAAUCUGAAAAUCAAAUUGUGCAGCCUGAAAACAAACCAUCUGAAAAAAGGAUAACGAAAUCGUUUUUGGAUUUACUUCUCGAAGUUUUGAAUGACAAUCCGGAUCAGAUGACGAUCAAAGACAUUCGGGAAGAAGUAGACACGUUUCUCUUCGAGGGUCACGACACCUCUUCCAUAUCGAUGACGAUGACUCUUUUAUUGCUAGGGAUGCACCAAGAUAUUCAAGAUCGCGCUAGAGAAGAGCUACAUGGUAUAUUUGGGGACUCCGACCGAGACGCUACAAUGGAAGACUUAAACGCUAUGCGAUACUUAGACGCAGUCAUUAAAGAAUCACUCCGGCUUUAUCCAAGUGUACCGAGUUUUACCAGAGAAUUGGAAACAACUUUACAGCUCAAGAACUAUAGUAUUCCACCGAUGACAACAAUGGCGAUAUUUCCAUAUAUUUUACACCGGAAUGAGACCAUUUUUACAAAACCUGAAGACUUUAUUCCUGAAAGAUUUUUAGACGAAGACAAUAAAUCAAAAUUUCUAUUUGGUUAUAUACCGUUCAGCGCAGGCGCAAGAAAUUGCAUCGGACAAAAAUAUGCUAUGAACCAAAUGAAAACCGUCGUAUCGACCGUCUUACGAAAUUCAAAGAUCAUAUCUUCGGGAUGCAAAGAAGACAUUAAAAUUAGUAUGCAAUUACUUAUCAGAAUAGAGUCACUUCCAAAAGUGACAUUUUGUAAACUUUAUUCAAAGUACGCAAAGUGUAACAACACUGAAAUUGUAGUUCGGUUUAUUCGAGUGUUCGAGACUGUUUCAACUGAAUACGAUCAACUCCCUUGGAAUAAAACCAUUGCUGAAAUAGCGAUUGAUUUGAAGGGAUUUCCGAAAGAAAUGAUCGAGCUGAACUUUUUCAGUGUGGUGGUGGUACCGUUGGUCGGUUUGAUAUCGUACGCGAUAUGGUCACGACUUCGCAUGCCGGUGGAAUACCGACAGAUCUCGUCACAUGUGCCGUCCGUCACGAAAAGCUUUUGGAGUGAAAUAGUGCUUUCGUUGAAACUCGCGAUGCUACAGCCCAAAGAUAUAUUGCCAUUUGUAACGGAGCUAUUUAAAGAUAAUGGUCCAGUAGUGCAUUUUAACCUUUCAGGUAGAUCUUACGUUUUACUGAACGAUCCAGAUGAUUUAAAAGUUCUACUAUCUAAUAUACAAUAUAUCAAAAAAGGACCCGAGUACAAAAUGUUAAAACCAUGGCUGAACGAAGGCCUUUUAUUGAGCUCAGGUCAGAAAUGGCAUAGCCGGCGGAAGCUCCUCACCAACACGUUUCACUUCAAAACAUUAGACAUGUACAAUCCUUCCAUAAACAAACACUCGCGCAUAUUGGUAGAUAAGUUAUUGGACACGUUUGCGAACGACGAUAAAGAAAUCUCCAUCGCUGAAUACGUUACUUUGUGUUCUCUGGACAUUAUGUGUGAAACAAUAAUGGGCACUGAGAUGAAUGCUCAAAAAGGUAAAUCAGCUGAAUACGUUCAUUCGAUUAAGAGUGCUUGCAAAUCGGUGAUUGAACGUAUUUUCAAAUUCUGGCUGUGGAAUGAUCUGGUUUUUAGAAUAAGUGGAAGUGGUCAAAGUUUUUUUAAAUCAAUCAAAGUUCUACACAAGUAUACUGAUAACGUAAUUAAAAGUAAAAGAGCGUCGUUGAAUAACUCUGGAAUUGAAAAAGCGCAGUCAAACAGUAAAUUUGAAAAAACGCAUAAGAAAUCGUUCUUAGACUUACUUCUCAACGUCUUGAACGACACGCCGGAUCAAAUGAGCGACAGAGAUAUUCGUGAGGAAGUAGAUACGUUUCUUUUUGAAGGCCAUGAUACAACUUCCAUUGCGAUGACGAUGAUUUUGGUUUUACUAGGGAUGCAUCCAGACAUACAAGAUCAAGCCAGAGACGAGCUACGUAGCAUUUUUGGAUAUUCUAACAGAGAUGCUACGAUGGAAGAUUUAAAUGCUAUGAAAUAUUUGGAAGCCGUAAUCAAAGAAUCGCUUAGAAUGUUUCCAAGUGUACCGGCCUUUACGAGAGAACUAGAUAAACCAUUGCAGCUCAAUAAAUAUACUAUUCCUCCAAUGACUACAAUAACAGUAUAUCCCUUUAUUUUACACCGCAAUGAAGAAAUAUAUCCAAAUGCCGAAGAAUUUAUCCCUGAAAGGUUUUUGGACGAAGAAAAUAAGACAAAAUUUAUAUUUGGAUAUUUACCGUUUAGCGCCGGCGCCAGAAACUGCAUUGGACAAAAGUAUGCAAUGAAUCAAAUGAAAAUAGUUGUAUCAACCAUAUUAAGGAAUGCUAAGUUUGAAUCCUUAGGAAGCAAAGAAGAUAUUCAAAUUAGUACACAACUAAUCAUAAGAAUAGAGUCACUUCCAAAGAUGAAAUUUUAUAAGCUUUAAAUCUUUAAUAAUAUUUAUUUAUUUAUUUAAUUAAUUAUUUAAUAAUUUCACGGGCUGUGCCCUAUUAUACUAAGCGUAGUGAAUAGAUAUAAUUAUAACUAUAUUUUCGUAAAUAUUUUAUUUCAUUUAAAUACAUAAAUUGUAAUUACUUACGUAUAGGUACCUAUGUAUACGAUUCAUUUAUUAGCUAUGGAUUGGUAGUAUAUUUUUAGCCAAAAAGUAUUUUAACAACUGUACAAGACGAUGGUAUUAUUUCAAAUUUUGGGCCUGGGUGUAAAACUUACAUCAGUCACGAUUCUACUUGGAAGUGUACUUAGUGAACUAACUAUUAAUAUUGAGUUUGAUCUACUCUAUCAAAUUCGUGUUGUUGAAAAACAUUAUUGCAAUAAAUAAUGAUGAUAUUUAAUUUAAUUUUAA